CUCCUCUCCGCCAUCGCGUGGAAAUUUCUAGGUCGACGAGAACGAAGCAGCGAGGAAGAGGAGGAGGAGGAGGAGGAGGGACGCUCUUUCCUCUCCAUCCGAAGCUCUCGCAACGCGGCUAAGCGCUGGUGGGACAUCAAGGGCGUCGCUGCCCCUCGUGAGCAGCUCGGAGCUCCGCGUAUCCGCCUUGCUGCCGGGACUCGAGCCAGAGCAGAGGAGAUGAGGAGGAGGUUCUUCUCCUCUUGGCCGGGCAGGCUUGUGCUUUGGGCAGGGCAGCUUCUCUCUGCUUGUUUCUGCGGGAAGGCUUCGACGGCUAGCAGCAGCUACUUGCCCGUGCAUGAGGAGAAGGAGACGCCGCGAUGGUCGGAGAGCGAGUACCUUAACCUCUCCUAUCAGUGUCUCGGCACAAGCUUCCAGCUGCCCGAGCUCCGUCACGUCGUCCUCAAGUCUCGUCUUAGCAUCCGCGUGCUCAAGCUCGCACACAACGAGCUUCGCUCCUUCCCUGUCAGCUGCAGCAUGCCUCUCCUGGAGCUCCUUGACCUUGCCUUCAAUCGUUUGAGCUCACUCGACAGCUUGCCCCAAGCUCCUUCUCUACAGACUCUCAACGCUCGCAGCAACGACAUCAGGUCGCAGCCCAGCAGUCUCAGAGCUCUCAAGAGGUUCCGCGGCUUGCGGCAUAUCGUCCUCGAGGAGAACCCGGUCGCUGUCGACUUAACUUCCUACGUGCGACUCAUCAGCCUCCUCGUCCCUGACCUCGAGACGCUCGACGGGAGUUCGUUCCACCGGGUAGAGGACGCGGACGAAGACGCCUCACCAACGGCAGCGAGCAGGAGGAGCAUGCUGGCGAGAGUCACCUCUGCGUUUGCGAGGAUGACGAGCUGGAUGGCACCAGAGGACGAGGGAGGGGUGGAUGAGAUCCUAGAGGACGGGACGAUAAGGAAGAGCUCCUUCCUCCAAACGUCUCUCAGCCGCGGUGUUUCCCUGCUCCUCAGAAGCAACAGGAGGCUGGGGAGGAGGAAACGGACGUACAACGUCAUCGAGCGCAGGCCGACAAGCAUGCUGCUGGAGAUGUCAGACGAACCCAACAACGUGCGGGGGAGACGUUCCAACAGUCGCAACAUCUCGUCGUCGGUUGAGCAGGGCGAGUGAGAGCAGAUUUAGCGCGUAUGUACAUGUACUACCCUUGU